AUGGGCCACAUUUCGUUUGGUGACACUAUUCUAACUCUGCAGCUCACGCACAUCGAGUUGGAGAGGCUGUCGUACAUCGGGCCCGAGGAGUUCGUGCAGGCCUUCGCCAAAGACAACCCGCACCUCGAGACCUCCUUUAAGGACAUGAAGAAGACGCGCAACCUGGAGUCGUAUGUGCAGUGGUUCAACCGACUCAGCUACUUCGUCGCUACGGAAGUGUGCAAGCACGUGAAGAAGAAGCAGCGCGUGAAGGUGAUGGAGUUCUGGAUCGAGGCUGCGCGGGAGUGCUUCAACAUUGGCAACUUCAACUCCUUGAUGGCGAUCAUCGCGGGGCUCAACAUGUCACCCAUUUCGCGCCUCAAAAAGACGUUCUAUGCACGCAACGCCUUUAAAAAGAGAUACCUUGCUUUACGACAGAAACGUUUAGUGUGUCAGCAGCUACAUAUUUAA